GGGUGGGGGGGGCUAAAAAUUUCGCAGAAUCACAGUUUUUCGAUUACGUUCUAACUCAUUCAGAAAAGGCUUUUCGGAGCAAUAAAAAUAUAACAUUCUUCAAAAAAAUGAAGACGAUUUCAAAUAUAUUUAAAAUAUCAAAAAAAAACAAAAUCAUUUUAAAAUUAUUUCAAUUCCCAAACAAAAAAUAUUUUACAAUUUUUUAACUUUCAAAACUGUUAUUCAGAGUAAUGCAUAGUUAAACGAAUUCAUCUUUUAUCUUCGCAGUACGUCAUUAAUAUAUCGUAUUUAUACUAUAACAAUCAGAAAAAAAAGACGCGGUCUCUUUGAUUUUUAUCUCUUUAAGUUGUAAUCCAAUUACGAUGAAAAUAACACAAGAUCAAAGAGGACAACAAUUAUCGUGCAAUAAGAAAUAUUAAAUACUAAGCUUCCUCUUUCGUAGUUAUACUAUACAUGCAUCAUGCAUUUAUUGUUAACAAUGAAGAUAAUAAAUGUAAUCGUUGACAUAUAGAUUGUUUUAAAUAAAAUAUGCUGAGUUACUUUUAAACUUCAUAUUUCGACAAAAGAGGGAAAAAAAGAAACUAAAAAGCAUUGAAACGCUGUUAAAUUCAUUGAAAUAUUUUGAUACUAUAGUAAUAUGAGGUUCUUGUAAAAGAGAAGUACCGUAGUAAAUUUUCUGCAAGAGUUUUGUAGGCAUUGUUUUGAUACUCUCCUCACGUUUUAUGGUAAAAAAAGAAUAAUUUAACUAAACCCUUUACUUUGUUGCAUGUUAACCAAUUCAUAUACUUCCAUUUCAAAAACGUUCUUGUAAUAUUUGUAUUCUUUGAGUUCACUUUUUAAAAGUUGUGGAAGUACAAAAAAAUUCGCAGAAAAACGCAGAAAUAUAAUGAAAAAAAUUUCGCAGAAAAGGUUCAAAUUCAGGGGGGCUAGCCCCCCUGCCCCCCCCCCCUGCUCGGUAAGCCUGGUGCUGUUGAACAAAUGUUUAUUUUGCGCUCUGACAUACUUCAGAGAAAAGACCGUAUUAUUCCAAUGGGAACUGUUUCGUGGGUUCAAAUAAAGAAUCAGAGAUAAAUUGAGUCACAAAAACUUAUGAUGGAUGUAGUAGUGUAGGCAAGUACUAUCCAACGCUGCUAACAAUGAACAUCACGAGAACUGAUGAUAGCCAUUUGGAAAAUGAACAACAUGUUUUGUCUCCCUCAGAAAUAGUUAUCAGAAUAUUAAGUUUUAGAUGAGAAGAUCUUUUGAAUAGUUACGAAAUACAAUAAAUUGAGAUUUCUGUUUGUGACACUGCAAAUGAAACUAUGACUAUCAUUCAUUAUGAAGUUUUCAUUUUUUUAUUUGUAAGAGCUGUUUUUAUUGGUAGGUCUAUCACGAAAAGAACUGUUUGAUGAGAUGCUCAUGUUUUUGAUUGCUGGUUAUGAAACAACAUCGACUGCUCUUGCUUGGUGUAUUUAUCAGCUGAGUAAAAAUCCACGAGUUCAGCAGAAACUCAAAACAGAGUUGAUGCAGGAUGCUAGUAGUCAAUCUUUAACAGUGGAUCGUGUCGAUUCAUUCAUUUAUUUGGAUUGUUUCAUCAACGAAGUACUUCGUUAUUCUCCAACGAUUGAUGGAACAAGUCGUUCAGUAGUUGUCGACGACUAUCUGCCCAAGAGCGGCACUCGACUUUACAAAGGUGAUCAAGUGCUUAUUCCGACGUCGGCUCUCAGUCGAGACACUCGUUUUUGGAAGAUCGAUGCUGAACAAUUCUAUCCAGAAAGAUUUCUUAAUGAAGAUAAAAAUCAUCACCCAUGUGCAUUGCUACCAUUUGGAGGUGGCCAUCGUCAGUGUCUUGGUCAAGAUUUGGCACGAUUUGAACUAAAAGUAAUCCUAGCUCGUAUGCUACAACAAGUGACAUUUGUUGAUGGUGGCUCUGAAGUUAAUGCUGGUGGAUUUUCUCAGACAUUGACUAUCAUACCUAAGCAUGUUGGAGUUACUGUCGAAUUUCAUUGA